GCCUUUUCCCUAGCUAAGUGGGUACCAAUCUCUACCCGUCAGUCCGUCGCCCCCUACAGCGCCGGUUGGCAAUUCAUCGCCAUCGCAUUUAAUUCCACCCCCUUCCCCUCCGCCUCUCCCUCCCAAUAACAAUUCUACACGCAAACGCAAGCAAAGCAUCCCAUCCCUCUGCCAGCUGCCCACGUCUUCCCUGCGUCUCUGGAUCGGUCGGUCCUUCGAUCGGGGAGGAAUUCGGUAAGUGCGGAAGGAAGAAGAGAUGGAGAGCUCGUUGCAAUCGGCAGGCCUUUUGGAGCAGAUGAAGAUCCAUCUCUCCACCGAUGCCGGCAAGGAGGUCACCAAGAAGAUCGGCCUCGUCUACCAGCUCAACAUCGCUCCAAAGAAGAUUGGGGUGGAUGAGGAGAUCUUUGUCGUCGACCUCAAGCAAGGAAAGGUCACCAAAGGCCCGUAUGAUGGAAAACCAGAUGCGACCUUCUCGUUCACCGAUAAGGAUUUCCUCUCUAUCGCUACAGGAAAGAUGAAUCCGCAGAUUGCAUUCAUUAGGGGAGCUAUGAAGAUCAAGGGUAGUCUAAGUGCAGCGCAGAAGUUCACUCCAGAUAUCUUCCCGAAACCUUCGAAGCUUUAAUUUGGAAGCUCAUUCGUCCUUUUCUCUUUAUGGACAAUAAAAUAACGUCGCCUUUUGAUUUAUGGCCCUGUUAUGGAAGGAUCAGACAUGGAACCAAGUAAUGUUAUAUCAGUAGGUUGAACAUGGAUAGGUUUUGCAUAUUCUUAUGAUCCAUUAAAAGUUUAUUAUUUCCAUUGAUUAUUUCUUCAUAAA